AUCCCUACGGUUGGAACAGAGAGAGCGAUGGUGUGUUUAUCCGCAUCCUCUGAAAAAUCCCUUGGAUCUGGAUGAUCUUGCAUAUCAUUUUAACGAAGCAUUCUCGCAUCUCUUGUUUUCAAUGAUGUGCUUCAUCUGGUUUCUGUCUUUUGAGUGGUAAUGCAACUGCAUGGGGAUGGUAUUUUCAUUACGCUACAAUUAUGACUAUAAUGGAAGAAUAUAAACCUGGUUUAAUAUAAUAUUCUUUCAUUUUAUUUGCUAUUAAGCCUAAGAAAGUAAAUUUACCAAUUUUAAAUGGCUCGUUUCCCAUGUAAUCGAAUGGGAUCCUAUGCACAUGUUUUCAUUGGCAAUAAAAGUAAAAUAUAUGGAAAAACGGUGAGUUUUUAAAAGUUAUAGGUGUGAUAUCUGUGUUUCCUUAUUAGUUUGCUUGAGGGGAUGAAUUUGAAAUAUAAUUAUGGAUGUGAGAUCAAUUCCACGUCUCAAUGACCAAGAGGCUCACAGAGCUCUAGAGCUUUUAGAAGAUUACCAUUGUAAACUUACGCGGCCGCAAGACAAGCAACUAAGAAAUGCAAUUGAGCGAGUUAUUAAAAUAUUCAAGUGCAGAUUAUUUCAAGCACUCCUUGAUAUUCAAGAAUUCUAUGAAAUCACACUGCUCGAUGAAUCCAAGAGCAUUCAGCAGAAAACUGCUGAAACGCUUCAGAUUGCAUGCAAGUGGGAAAACAGUCCCCCGCUGUCUGGCCUUAGUUAUCUCAGUGAAAAGUACCGCUACGAUGAGGAAGAACCGAUGCCUCUCAAAGAGUUCUCCGCCAUGGACGGUCUGCCCCGCUCCCUGCUCGAGAGCCGAACCUCGGAGCCCUUCGUGCCUAGUCUUCCACAGUCGCCCAGAAGGAACACGGACGCCUGGUUACUGCCUGACUAUGAUCAAGCACAAACUCCUCUGCUUGGAUCAGACCGAUACGCGAAUGGCGAAGAAGACUGGGUUUAUGAAGAAAUCACGUUGGAAAGGAGUGGCACGGGCCUGGGUUUCAGCAUCGCCGGCGGUGUGGACAACCCUCACAUCGGAGACGAUCCCAGCAUCUACAUCACUAAGCUGAUAGCAGGAGGAGCGGCCGCCGCAGAUGGCAGGCUGCAAGUGAAUGAUAUAAUCGUGAAAGUAAACGAUACCAACGUUGUGGAUGUUCCUCACUGCGUAGCGGUAGAUGCCCUAAAGAGAGCAGGCAACACCGUCAGACUGUUAGUGAAACGUUUGCGAGGUCCACCAAGAAUCAUGGAGAUCGAGCUAGUGAAAGGAAGCAAGGGCCUAGGUUUCAGCAUUGCGGGAGGAGUGGGCAACCAACAUGUACCUGGGGACGAUGGCAUCUACAUUACCAAAGUCAUGGAGGGAGGGGCCGCCCACGUCGAUGGAAGGCUGCAGGUCGGAGACAAGCUCAUAGCAGUGGGAGAUGUGAAUUUGGAGCGCGUGACGCACGAGGAAGCAGUGGCGACCCUGAAGGCUACCUCAGACCAUGUUGUUCUGACCGUUGCCAAGUCGAGGAUUCCGCCAGACUUCUUCGUAAACCAUUCGGCUUCCACACCACCUUCCUACGUAGAAGAUGCUUCAUCACCGAAAGAAACAGCCCCCGUUAAGGAAAAACCGCCAGAAAUCAAAGAGAUUCCACCAAAAACGCCAACAAUGGAUUCUCCGGACAUAACGCCUGUGAGUAUGCCGAUGUCGAAAUAUGGGAGUGACACUUUGAUGAACACCAUCCUCCCAAAGGUUGCUACAGAUGAGAACUUUACGAGGGAGCCCCGCAAAGUUAUUCUUAACAAAGGCUCUACAGGCCUGGGCUUCAACAUCGUGGGCGGCGAGGACGGGGAGGGCAUCUUCAUCUCUUUCAUCCUGACGGGGGGACCAGCUGACAUCAGCGGAGAGCUCAAGAGAGGAGACCAGAUACUCUCAGUGAACAGUGUUGAUCUUCGGCAUGCCACUCACGAGCAAGCGGCGGCAGCUCUCAAGGGAGCAGGACAGACAGUCACCAUGGUUGUACAAUACAGACCAGAAGAGUACAACCGCUUCGAGGCCAAGAUCCAUGACCUGAGAGAACAGAUGCUGAGCACCUCCGGCAGCCUGCGCACCUCUCAGAAGCGAUCGCUCUACGUCAGGGCCCUCUUCGACUAUGACCCAUCCAAGGACAGCGGUCUGCCGAGCAGGGGUCUGGCCUUCCAGCUGGGCGACGUGCUACACGUCAUCAACGCCAGCGACGACGAGUGGUGGCAGGCCACCAAGAUUCUGCCCGGGGGACAAGAGGAGGGCAUCGGUAUAGUGCCCUCCAAAAGAAGGGUGGAGAGAAAAGAAAAAGCGAGACUAAAAUCGGUUAAAUUUCAGGGAAAGAGCAGCGUAAACGACGGAAAGAGCACUCUGGACCGUAAAAAGAAAAAUUUUUCUUUUUCUCGCAAAUUUCCUUUCAUGAAGAGCAAGGAAAAUGCGGGCGAAGACGGCAGUGACGUCGAAAGAGACGGAUCGCCUACCAAAGAGAUGAAUGUGACCAACACCAGCGACCCCGAGACCAGUAGCCUAAAUGACAUUGCAGAAAUGGGCCCCACACCAAAAUCUUCUAAGUUUAGAGGAACAGCGGAAGAACCCGUUCUCUCGUACGAAGCGGUAGUGCAACAAGAAAUCACAUAUGCUCGGCCGAUCAUCAUCUUGGGUCCUUUGAAAGACAGGAUCAACGAUGACCUCAUAUCAGAAUAUCCCGACAAAUUCGCCAGCUGUGUACCACACACGACUCGUCCUAAACGGGACUACGAGGUGGAUGGGAGGGACUAUUAUUUCGUGGCGUCCCGGGAACAAAUGGAGCGAGACAUCCAGAACCACCUGUUCAUCGAGGCAGGACAGUACAACGACAACCUGUACGGCACCAGCGUUGCCUCAGUCAGAGAGAUGGCGGAGAAGGGCAAACACUGUAUCCUGGAUGUAAGCGGGAACGCCAUCAAGAGACUGCAGAUGGCCAGUCUGUUUCCGAUCGCCAUCUUCGUCAAACCAAAAUCUGUUGAAGCAAUCAUGGAAUUCAAUAAAAGGAUAACAGAAGAUCAAGCUCGAAAGACUUACGAAAGGUCACUCAAAUUAGAACAGGAAUUUGCAGAAUAUUUCACAGCUGUGGUGCAAGCGGACACGCCGGAGCAAAUCUACGAGAGGGUGAAGUCGGUGAUCAGGAACGAGUCGGGCCCCACCAUCUGGGUGCCUGCCAACGAGAAACUGUGAGGUGUCGGUCGGGCCGACGGACGUCUGGCAUUUUGGACAACGCAGGCGGGGGGACUUUCUGUUGCCCCCGCGUGCAACAAGGAACAGAACGCGUGAGGGCGCGUCGUCGUUCCGCUCUUCUCGUCGGUCCACGAGAAGGGACUGCAUUCCUUUUUUCCGUUACGAGAACCCCUUUUUUAAUCGUCGUGCACUCCUUCUGCUCGAGUAUUUAUUCAUUCAUUCAUCUGCUCCCCUUCCCGUCCCCUCCCCUUUUUGGCAAAACUUCGAGCUUCUCUUUGUCGAACUCUCACUUUCGAAUCCAAUAGGUUUUUCUUUUAUUAUUAUUUUUCUUUUAUUCCCCUUCCUGUCGUAUCGAAAUGUAUCUCUGGAAUAUGACCGACCCCAUAGUUCUUUAUUAGUCUUUUAUAUUAUGAAUUAUCAAUCAAAACGCUGUCUUCAUCUCUAAAGCCACACUUCUCCAAUGCACAGAAUCAUUGUUUUUUUCUGUAAUAAUUAUUCAGGAUAAUGUUCCUCAGGAUAAAAUUUAAAUCUUAAUUUGAAUUUUUUCCAAGAAAAACUUAAUUGACAUCACAAUGAUAAAGAGGUAUACGAAUUCUUGGUAUCAAAAAGAACUCAAAAAACUGUAGAUAAAUAAUAAAUAUGUAAUGGAUAGAAACUAUCCGAGAUUGAAGAUUACAACACCAUGUUUUAAAUAAAAUAUAUCUGCGAAAUAUUAUUCAAAAGUUUUCAUGUUAUUAAAUUAAAAUAUUUUUAUUUUGAUACAUCUGAAUGCUAUUAAUGAAACUCUAUGAAAAACAUUUACUUUAGAAUGUAAUAUUAAAUUAAAUGUUUUUGUCUGUAAAUUUCAGAUUUCUCUUGCAAAAUUUUAAAUUAAUCUAAAUUACGUGUAAAUUUGUCCAAUUUCUUAAUAUCAUUAAAAGAGUAUUUAAAAACAAUCACAUCUAUGAAGAUUUUAGAAAUCACUCAUUUUUAAAUAUAAAAUUUCUAAUUUCUGUCGAUAAUUCCAUUCGUUUUACUUUAAAAAUACCUUUUUUUGCAUUAUUUUCUGUAUUUUUAUGCCUUAAGACGCAGAUAACUUCCAUUUUAAUAAACUUCAUGCAACGUAUCAUGGAUAGUAAAAACCAUCUGUAAAAUAUUCAGAAAAUCAUAUCCUGAAAAAAAGAGAACUAGUUUCAUAAAAUUCAUUAGUAGUUUUUAUAUAAUUAAUUCAUAUACUGUGAAAUAACUUAUGAAAUAUAGCAUUAUUAAAGUUUAAUAAUAUUUUGUUUGUUUCGAUUAGUUUAAACAAUGAUUCUUCAUACAUUAAACAGAAUCAGAUAAGAGAUUUGUUCAUAUAACGUUACAGCAAAAAGUUGCCUGUCUAAAAUCUAAGAGUAUAUAUCACAAUUUUUUUUCAAAUUUUAAUACAGAUUACAAGAAUUAAUUCAGCAUUCCGUCAUAUGAUUUGUUGAAAGAUUGCUAAAUCAUUCAGUCUAUAACUUUUUUUACUUGCUUUGUAGUUAAUAUAUACUUUGAUAUGUUAUAAACUUCAGAAUUCAUGAUUUUAAAAAAUCGUUUGCUCAACCGUGGAGUUCUAAUUUUGCUUCUCUUUUCUGAGAUUCAAUAUACAAUAGAGCUGAAGACUUUUCUCCCCUGUAGUCAAACUGUCUCAAAUUUAAAUUUGAUUUUUUUUAAUUAAUACUACAUAAUUUUUACUAAAAAAAAUCUGUUUAUAAAAAAAAAAUUCUAAUUUGCACCCACUAUGUUAAAAGGAAGGAAGUAAAACUAUUUUUUGGUUGGAGCACUCAGUCUCUUUGAAUCAAUAUUCUGAGACUGUUUUCACCAUUCACGGAUGAUUCCAGAGAUAUUUCUAUACGAAUCGAAAGCAGAAAGGACAAAUCCUCCCCUUUCCCCGAUUUCGUACCAUUGGUUGGCUGUUUUCAUUGCAUGCUUGCUUGUAUAUGACGUCAUUUUGGACUCUUUUUCUUCUGUCGAGACGAUUGGUGGAGAAGGAAAAAGGUGCUUCUACUACAAGAAGUAUUUUUCCGCAACCUGCUGAGGUGUUUAUUGCUCAUCAAACUCUCGUUUCUGACCUAAAGCUUCUCUAUUUAAUGAAUAUUUGUACAAAAACAAAAUGAUAACGAUGAUUUUGUUUUCCACUUUCACGUUCUUUCAUUUACUUAGAACAAAGAUGUUAUGACCCAUUGUUGCAGAUGGUCUUGUAUAGAAUAAAAUGCAUUUUUCUUCA